CUUGUGUGUCUGCGCAGCACUGGACCCAGAGGUGGAACACACUUCGCCCUGACCUGGGGACUGACCCAAACAAGCUGCACAGAACAGGCGGGAAAAGCCGGAGCAAGGGCAGCGGAGCGAGCCAAGUCGGGCAGGGCCGAGCGGAGUCGGGCAGGGCCGAGCCGAGCCGAAUCGAGCCGAACCCAGCCGAGCCGAGCCGAGCCGAACCGAGCUGAACUGAGCCGUGGUGGGCAGGUUCUGAAAAGAGGAAGAAAUUGACAGAUCUGGAUGGCUUACCCUGACAGGAGGGAGGGCGUCUGGGCCCAGAGUCCUGGCUGGAGCCCGAAGCAGAGUGGGACCUGCCCAACCCAGGAGCAGGUAGCCAGCCAGGUGGCCGUGCUGAGGAAGGCACAGGAGUUCUUCCAGGCCUGUGACGUGGAGGGCAAGGGAUUCAUUGCCAGGAGCGACAUGCAGAGGCUCCAUGAGGAGUUGCCCCUCAGCCUGCAGGACCUGGAGGAUGUGUUUGAUGCCCUGGAUGCUGAUGGCAAUGGUUUUCUGACCCCAGAGGAGUUUGCUACUGGAUUUAGCCACUUCUUCAGCCAGAGUAAUCCAUGUCAGGAGGAUGCAGGUGAGCAGGUGGCCCAGCUCCAGGAGGAGAAGGUGUACCAGUCCAGAGGGGACGGGGACCUGGGGCAUGUGGACCAGGAUGAGGAAGCCCAGUUCCAGGUGCUGAUGGACAAACUUGGAGCCCAGAAAGUGUUGGAGGAUGAAAGUGACAUCAAGCAACUCUGGCUGCAGCUGAAGAAGGAGGAACCUCACCUGCUGUCCAGCUUUGAAGAUUUCCUGACUAGGAUCUUCUCCCAGCUCCAAGAAGCCCAUGAGGAGAAGAAUGAACUAGAAUGUGUCCUAAAAAAGAAAAUUGCUACUUAUGAUGAAGAAAUCCAGCAUCUCUAUGAGGAGAUGGAGCAACAAAUCAAAAACGAGAGGGAGCAGUUUCUCCUAAAGGACACAGAGAGGUUCCAGGCCCGCAGUCAGGAGCUGGAGAAGAAGCUAUUUGCUAAGGAGCAGGAGCUGGAGCGACUCAACCAGAAGCAGAAGAGGCUGGAGGGCCAGUGCAUGGCUCUACACAACGACAAGCAUGAGACCAAGGCUGAGAACACCAAGUUGAAGCUCACAAACCAGGAGCUGGCACGGGAGCUGGAGCGGACCUCCAAGGAGCUGCAGGAUGCCCAGCAGCAGCUGGAGAGCCUCCAGCAAGAGGCCUGCAAGCUGUACCAGGAGAAGGAAAUGGAGGUGUAUCUUGUGACAGAGAGUCUGCAGCGAGAGAAGUCGGGGCUCCUGAAACAGCUGGAUUUCCUGAGGGAGAGGAACAAACAUCUCCGAGAUGAACAGGACAUUAGCUUUCAGAAAGAUAAGGCAGCCAAGGCAAACACAGCUGCUUCUAAGACAAGCUGGAAGCAGAGAUCUGGCUCUGUGAUUGGCAAAUAUGUGGACAGCGGAGGGAUACUUAGAAGCCAGUCUGAGGAGGAGGAAGAUGUGUUUAGUGUUCCAAGAAGGAAGGGCUCCCUGGGCCUGAGCACAUACCCCCUCACAGAAGAGGAGCCUGAGACCAAUGAACCAGGGGCUGAGGGUCCACUCCGACGGCCACUUCGCAGGAUCAUCUCCAUUGAGGAAGACCCUUUGCCCCAGCUCCUGGAUGGCACCCUUGAGCAACCAGUGAACAAGUCAGCUGAAGUGAAGGGGCCCUCCAGCCAGGGGGGAGAGGGGCCAAUUCAACAGGCCCCACCCUUGGCAUUGUCCCCCACAUCUCCUCGAGGGCAACCUGUGGGAAAAGAAGACUUCUACCAGGAGGAAAGUUCACCAUCCACUCCAGACCGACUCUUCAAGAUUGUGUUUGUGGGCAACUCUGCUGUGGGGAAGACGUCCCUCCUGAGGAGGCUCUGUGAGGACCACUUCUCCCCAGGCAUUGCAGCCACUGUGGGUAUUGAUUACCGAGUGAAGACGGUGAAUGUGGAUGGCUCUCAGGUGGCCCUGCAGCUGUGGGACACUGCUGGACAGGAGAGGUACCGCUGCAUCACCCAGCAGUUCUUCCGAAAGGUUGAUGGCGUCAUCAUCGUGUAUGACCUCACGGCAAAGGAGUCAUUCCUGUCAGUCCGGCAGUGGCUCAGCAGCAUAGAGGAAGCUGUGGGAGACCGUGUUCCUGUUCUUCUGCUGGGCAAUAAACUCGACAAUGAGAAGGAGCGGGAAGUUCCCCGGGGCCUGGGGGAGCAGCUUGCCAAGGAGAACAAUCUGAUCUUCUAUGAGUGCAGUGCCUGUUCCGGUCACAACACCAAAGAGUCCCUGCUCCACCUAGCCAGGUUCCUCAAGGAACAGGAAGACACAGUGAGAGAGGACACCAUUCAGGUUGGCUGCCCCACCAAGAAGAAAUCCUGCUGUGGAUGACAGGAGGCCUUCAAGGACUGGAUACCCCCAGCCCUGGCCUGCAGGGCGGCCCUGACCCUGCAGAUGGGCUCCUGUGCUGCAGCCCCCGGAAAGGCCCAUCCAGACCUCUGUCUGUGUUGGGGACUUGCUUCCCCCGGAGGAAGGGAAGCCAGUGGGCCAGCAGUGCUGCUCUCAGGCACCUUUCCUGGACCCCAAGGGUCCACUCCUUUUUUUUUUUUUUUUUUCUUCCAGCUCAGUUUCCUGGGGGAAAGAAUUAGGUGGACCCUUGCAGAAAAAUGAUCAGGUGCCUUUUCCACCUCCCUCCUCCUGUUGUCCUUAGGAGCAUCUGUGCUGUGGUUGGCAUGGCAACUGUACAGGCCAACUUGCUGCUUCCUGGAGGCCAAAGAUGUACCAUUUGGAUGAUGCCAGAGUUGCUUCUCUUGCUUUGACCUCUAUUCUCCAGAGGUCAGAGGGAUACUCUUAGCACACAUUUUGUGGACCUUGACAGACUUGGAUUGUUGAAAGAAGUAAAUAUUUGCCUAGAGGUGCUGCUCCAUCCUUAACCCAAGCCUCAGAGCAGUCUCCUAGUGGUCACCAUGCCUAUAGAUUGACCCCUUUUGAGUCUCUGGAGCAGUGCUUCCCCGAGAACCUACAGCUUUUCCUGCCCACCUCCAGUGACAACCUUGACUCUAGGGUGAGCCAAGGGUGACAAUUUAUGUCCUAAGUUAGGGAGUUGGCUUUUUUCCUACUUAACUCUGACUAAGAGAUGAAAAGAAAACAAGGGGAAAAACCAUCUGCUGCUAAAGGGAGCUACCAUCUCUGGAGGGUAUAAGUAAGAUAUAGACAGUUAUAUAAAGCCAUGUUCUACAUGUGCCUCAGAAUAGCUCUUGAAAAAUCAU